AUGCCACCUAUCUUCAGAGAGAAAGUUAUGAAAACCAAGAAGCUGCUGGAAAGUAAUUACACCAGACCAGCUGAGUUUCUGUUUGUUGGAUUCACCGAUGACCUCCCUCUCAGGAUCACCCUGUUUGUGGUGUUUCUUGUCGUGUACUCAUUAACCGUGGCAGGGAAUUUGGGCUUAAUAAUAUUAGUUCGUAUUGAUUCAAGCCUCCGAAACCCCAUGUAUUACUUUCUGAGCAAUUUGUCCUUCUUAGACAUCUGCUACUCUACAGCAAUCACUCCCGAAAUGCUGGCGAACUUCGUGGCAUCCAGGAAGUGCAUCUCCUUCCAGGGCUGUGUGCUCCAGAUGUUCUUCUUCGCCUGCUGUGCAGAUACUGAAUGCCUCCUCCUGGCUGCCAUGGCCUGUGACCGCUUUGCAGCCAUCUGCCAUCCACUGCUGUAUCCCACACUGAUGUCCCCCAAGGUCUGCCUGGGCCUCGUGGUGUUGGCCUACCUCAGUGGAAGUGUCACCUGGCUGGUGCACGUCUCCCUCACCUUCAGGCUUCCCUAUUGUGGCUCCAAUGUCAUUGAUCACUUCUUCUGUGACAUCCCUCCUCUUCUGGCCUUGUCUUGUGCAGAUACCUACAUCAACAAGCUGCUGCUGUUCUCCUUGUGUGGCUUCAUCCAGACCGGCACCUUUGUGGUGAUCUUCAUCUCUUACAUCUGCAUCCUGGCCUCUGUGCUGCACAUCAAGUCUUCUGGCAGCAGGAGUAAAACGUUCUCCACCUGUGCUGCUCACCUGGUGGUGGUCACCUUAUUCUAUGGGACCCUCCUGUUCAUGUACCUGCGCCCCGCUGCCAGCUACUCCCCAGCCUUGGACAAGGUGGUCGCUCUGUUCUAUACUGUUGUCUUUCACAUGUUUAACCCCAUCAUCUAUAGCUUCAGGAACAAGGAUGUCAAAUGUGCACUUACAAAACUAUUUAAAAGAGAGUGA